CCGGAGUCCGCCCCGCCCCCUCUUCCUGGCUACGGCGUGGGACUGCAAACGGUCUACCCCUGUGGCUGCUUCUCUCAUCUCCUGCGGCUGGUGAUCAUGGGGCAGGAGCCGCGGACGCUGCCGCCUUCUCCCAACUGGUACUGCGCCCGCUGCAGCGAUGCGGUGCCCGGGGGCCUGUUCGGCUUCGCCGCGCGGACCUCAGUCUUCCUCGUCCGCGUGGGCCCCGGUGCGGGCGCGAGCCCCGGGACGCCCCAGUUUCGAGUCAUAGGAGAAUUGGUAGGACAUACCGAGAGGGUCUCUGGCUUCACAUUUUCUCAUCACCCUGGUCAAUACAACCUGUGUGCCACCAGCUCCGACGAUGGGACUGUGAAAAUCUGGGAUGUAGAAACAAAAACAGUUGUGACAGAACAUGCACUCCAUCAGCAUACGAUAUCAGCAUUGCAUUGGUCUCCUCGAGUAAAGGAUUUAAUAGUAUCAGGAGAUGAAAAAGGCGUCAUUUUUUGUUACUGGCUUAACAGAAAUGACAGCCAGCACCUCUUCAUAGAACCGAGGACAAUCUUCUGUCUUACUUGUUCACCCCAUCAUGACGAUUUAGUAGCCAUUGGUUACAAGGAUGGUAUAGUGGUUAUCAUUGAUAUCAGUAAAAAAGGAGAAGUUAUUCACAGGCUUCGAGGCCAUGACGAUGAGAUCCACUCCAUAACCUGGUGUCCCUUGCCUGGCGAAGAUUGUUUGUCCAUAAAUCAAGAAGAAAAUUCAGAAGAACCUGAAAUUCCCAAUGGGAAAUUUACAGCACAGACAGUAACCAAAGGCUGCUACUUGGCCACUGGAAGCAAAGAUCAAACAAUUCGAAUCUGGAGCUGCUCUAGAGGUCGAGCGGUGAUGGUUCUGAAAUUGCCCUUUCUGAAGAGAAGAGGAGGGGGUAUAGACCCAACUGUUAAAGAGCGCCUUUGGCUGACACUCCACUGGCCCAGUAAUCAGCCAGCACAGCUGGUAUCCAGCUGUUUCGGUGGUGAACUGCUGCUUUGGGAUCUCACCCAGUCCUGGAGGCGGAAAUAUACCCUCUUCAGUGCUUCAUCAGAAGGCCAGAAUCAUUCAAGAAUUGUGUUUAAUUUAUGUUCUUUACAAACUGAGGAUGACCAACAGCUGCUCCUUUCCACAUCAAUGGACAGAGACGUGAAGUGUUGGGACCUGGCCACCCUGGAGUGCUGCUGGACUCUGCCUUCUCUUGGGGGCUUUGCCUACAGCCUGGCUUUCUCCCCCGUGGACGUAGGCUGUUUAGCCAUAGGCGUUGGGGACGGUAUGAUCCGUGUAUGGAACACGCUGUCCAUGAAGAACAACUACGACGUGAGAAACUUUUGGCAAGGUGUCAAGUCCAAGGUUACAGCGCUGUGCUGGCACCCAAACAAGGAAGGUUGCCUCGCUUUUGGAACUGAUGAUGGGAAAGUGGGAUUGUACGACACCUACUCCAACAAGCCUCCGCAGAUUUCUAGCACGUAUCAUAAGAAGACAGUGUACACUUUAGCUUGGGGGCCGCCAGUACCCCCGAUGUCACUUGGAGGAGAAGGAGACAGACCUUCUCUCACACUGUACAGCUGUGGAGGGGAAGGGAUUGUCUUCCAGCAUAAUCCCUGGAAGCUGAGUGGAGAGGCCUUUGACAUCAACGCACUCAUCAGGGAUACUAAUUCAAUCAAAUAUAAACUGCCAGUACACACAGAGAUCAGCUGGAAAGCAGAUGGCAAAAUCAUGGCUCUUGGCAAUGAAGAUGGAUCAAUAGAAAUAUUUCAAGUUCCCAACUUAAAAUUGAUCUGCACCGUCCAGCAGCAUCACAAGCUCGUGAAUACCAUUAGCUGGCACCAUGAGCACGGCAGCCAGCCAGAGCUGAGCUGUCUGAUGGCCUCUGGCUCCAACAACGCUGUCAUCUACGUGCACAACCUGAAGACUGUCAUAGAGAGCAGUCCUGAGUCUCCAGUGACCAUUACGGAGCCUUACCGGACCCUGUCAGGGCACACAGCCAAGAUCACCAGUCUGGCAUGGAGCCCACACCAUGAUGGAAGGCUGGUCUCUGCUUCCUACGAUGGUACAGCCCAGGUGUGGGAUACUCUCCGGGCAGAACCUCUCUGCAAUUUCCGAGGACACCGAGGUCGACUGCUGUGUGUGGUGUGGUCCCCGUUGGAUCCAGACUGCAUCUAUUCGGGAGCAGAUGACUUCUGUGUGUACAAGUGGCUCACGUCCAUGCAAGAUCAUUCCCGGCCUCCUCAAGGCAAAAAAAGUAUUGAAUUAGAGAAAAAACGGCUCUUUCAACCUAAGCCAAAGCCCAAAAAGAAGAAAAAGCCCAUCUCCAAAGCACCUGUAAAGCAGGAGUCAUUUGAGGGGAAUGAAGAAGGGAGCCUAAAGGAGAACUCGGGACCUGUGGAGAAUGGCGUGUCAGACCAGGAGGGAGAGGAGGAAGCCCGGGAGCUGGAGGUGCCCUGUGGCCUCCCCACAGCAGUUACUAGAGAACCAGUUAUUUUCACUCCCGUCUCCUCAAGCUUGGAAAAGUCCAAAGUGACCAUUAAUAACAAAGUCACUCUUCUGAAAAAGGAGCCUCCUAAAGAGAAGCCAGAAGCCUUAUUCAAGAAGAGAAAAGCUCGUUCCAUGCUUCCACUGAGCACAAGCCUGGACCACAGGUCCAAAGAGGAGCUUCAUCAGGACUGUUUGGUACUAGCAACUGCAAAACACUCCAAAGAGUUGAAUGAAGAUGUGUCUUCUGAUCUUGAAGAAAGAUUUCACCUGGGACUUUUCACAGACAGGGCUUCCCUGUACAGAAUGUUUGAAAUGGAAGGCAAAGGUCACCUGGAAAAUGGCCACCCUGAGUUAUUUCACCAGCUCAUGCUUUGGAAAGGAGAUCUAAAAGGUGUUCUCCAGACUGCAGCAGAAAGAGGAGAGCUGACAGACCACCUGGUAGCAAUGGCGCCAGUAGCUGGCUACCACGUGUGGCUGUGGGCUGUGGAAGCUUUUGCCAAACAGCUGUGUUUUCAAGAUCAGUAUGUCAAGGCUGCUUCUCAUCUGCUUUCUAUCCAUAAAGUGUAUGAAGCUGUGGAACUGCUCAAAUCAAACCAUUUUUACAGGGAAGCUAUUGCAGUUGCCAAGGCCCGGCUGCGCCCAGAGGACCCUGUCCUAAAGGACCUGUAUCUCAGCUGGGGAGCCAUCCUAGAAAGGGAUGGCCAUUACGCCGUAGCAGCCAAAUGCUAUUUAGGGGCAGCUUCCGCUUACGAUGCAGCCAAAGUUUUGGCCAAAAAGGGGGAUGCGGCGUCACUUAGGACGGCGGCGGAGUUGGCUGCAGUCGUAGGAGAGGAUGAGUUGUCUGCGUCCCUGGCUCUCAGGUGUGCCCAAGAGCUGCUUCUGGCCUGGAACUGGGUGGGAGCCCAGGAAGCCCUGGAGCUGCAUGAAAGUCUGCAGGGUCAGAGACUAGUGUUUUGCCUUCUUGAGCUACUAUCCAGUCGUCUGGAGGAAAACCAGUUCCCAGAGGGCAGAAGCUCCUCCUCUUACCAUGCUUGGACCCUGGACACCCAAGGGCCCUUCGUGGAGAGAGUGACUGCAGUGUGGAAGAGCAGCUUCGGCGUCCACACCCCAGCGCAGUGUCGGGUAGCCUUUGAGAAGCUACAGAACAUCAAGUACCCGUCUGCUACAGUCAACACUCCCUCCAAACAGCUCCUGCUUCACAUCUGCCAUGACUUGACCUUGUCUGUGCUGAGUCAACAGCUGGCCUCCUGGGACGAGGCCGUGCACGCGCUGCUUCAGGCUGUGGUCCGGAGCUACGACUCCGGGAACUUCACCAUCAUGCAGGAAGUGUUCUCAGCGUUUCUCCCUGAUGGCCCUGACCAACUAAGAGACAAACUGGAUGACCACCAGUCCGCCAUUACACCAGCUUUCAGUAGUUUGGAGGCCUUCUUUCUUUAUGGGCGUCUAUAUGAAUUCUGGUGGUCUCUCUCCAGGCCUUGCCCCAGAGCCGGGGUCUGGGUAGAGGCUAGUCUCAGGACAUCCUCCAUUGAGCAGAGCCAGCAGUCGGACAGUGGUGGUGCUGAAGCCCCUGACCCUGAGGCAUCUCCAUCAGAGCCAAGCGGGCCUUCAGAACUGGACUCAGGACUCACAGGAGAAAGUGAGCGGAUGCUGAGCAUGUGUAAGGUGCUCUUGUCAGAGCAGCACGCCAGUCUCCAGAACUCAGAGAGGACGGUCGCUGAAGUCCAGGAGACCUUGGCAGAAAUGAUCCGCCAGCACCAGAAGAGUCAGCUCUGCAAAUCCACAACGAACGGUCCUGAGAAGAGGGAACCUGAACAGGAAGUAGAACAGGCCCCCUCUGGUCCUCAGGGGCAGCGUAAACAAGAAAAAAAUGAGCCCGUUUCUCUACCUGAGUUAACCAAAAGACUUGCAGAAGCACAGGAGAGAAUGGCAACGUUUCCUGAGAGUGUUAAGACCUGGCCCUUCCCAGAUGUGCUGGAGUGCUGCCUCGUUCUGCUUCACCUUGGGUCCCAGUGCCCUGAUUGUGUGACUCGGGAAAUGCAGCAACAGGCUGAAGAGCUCCUUGGGAAAUACGGCAACACCAACGCUUACAAAAGACACUGCCAGACUUCCUGCACAUGACCUUGGAGAGACUGUGCCAAAUGCAAAAUGUUCAACACCUUUCACCUCUGCAGUUACACCACCCCAGACGUUUACUCUGACCUGUAGUUGUUUUUGCACUGAUCCAAAAUACAAAUGAGGGUUGAGUUUAAAUCACCUCUGGUGACCCGUAGACACAAUGGGAUCGGACUCCAGACUCAGUUGUGGUGUCCUGCCAAAGGAAAGAUCAUGAAAAGCUAGCAGUAGCUACUCAGACCUAACACCUGCUGAGUGAGUGUCACUUAUCGCUAAAGCCUUACACAGGUUUCACCCAACGAGGAGAAACUUCAUCACCCAAAGUGUUACAUUCUUCCACACAAGCUACCUGUAUACAUACUUUGCCUGAUCAUAAACUUACCAUUCUUGUUUGCCAUAGAAUUGCCACAUUUUAUGAGUUGGCAGUUUUUUGGGUUUUUUAAGUUAUUCUUGUUAACCCAGGCUCUCCCACUCUCGCUUUCAAAGAUUGCACUUUGGAUGUGAAAUAGGCCUUAACCAUCAUGUUGAUUCUUUGCCCUUUGAUCUUUAGGUUAUGGUGUUAUUGGUCUAUGUCAUUGUUUAUUUGGACAAGUUACUUACAAAGUUUCAGAACAGAUAACUAGCUCAAUGUGAGUGAUCCCUUCAGUUUUAUAAGAAAUGAUUGAAAGCGAUCAAAUAGCUCAGGAAGAAAUGACUAUUUUUAGUGGUUCUUGAUCUUUUUUAGGUCACAGGACUUUUUGGCUUUCAGAUCACUGGACUGUAACAAUGAGAUUCUAAAUAUUAUUUAAUUAUAAAUUCUUGUUUUCUCUUAAGUUAAACAGAUCAACAAUGUAUGGCACAGAUGUUUUUGUAAUAUCCCGGUUGCUAGAAUGAGAAAUUCUGACCCUCUGGGGUGAGGGUAGGAGGGAGUACUCCUUCCUGAUAACUGAAGUGUUUCUUUUGAAAUUCAUUAUGAACGCUUUUCUGCUCCAGUGUCUAGUUGAUUUUUCAAUUAAUUCCUAAGGUUGAGGUUGUUAUGAGAAAAAAAAUGCCAUUCUUAGAAAUAAAAUUCACUCUUAAAUAUUUAUUACUAAGAACUUUCUCCAGGAAAGAAAAAGAGACAGUUUUCAAAGACAUUUGUAUUUAGCUUUGGAGUUGAAAAACUGCUAAACCCAAUAAAGUUAGUAUUUUAGAACUUAAAUCUUCAGGGCCAGCUCCAAAACAUAGCAUUAGGUGCUGCUUAGGGAGCCGGAUCCCACGUGGCCAACCACGGUUCGAAUCUCAGCCCUGGCAGCUUGCAGACACAUCGAGACGUGCAUGUGUGCCCAAAAUCCUAA